AGAGACCGGAGUAGGUUGCAAGCUGGCAGCGCAUGUGGUGGACGCGGAACGCUGGGGACUUCGCCGCCAGCCUCGCCGCUUCCCGCGCGCUCUGUAGCAAGGCCCCUGGCGCCGGCCUGAGGACGCCGAGGAGGCAGGGGGCCGACGGGGCUGUCCGGCCGGAACCGCGGAGCACCUCCUGCAGCGGUCGCGGGCCCGCCCCCCGCGGCCGGUGCCAUGUCCGACUCUCUUCCCUAAAGGAGACUUCCUCAGCGGUUGCUGCCGAGAGAUGAAGGACCUGUUAGAGCGUCAGACGACUUCGGGGCCGGCCAACUAGGGGGGCUCGGCAGGAGGUCGCCUGCGCCCUCCCGGGCUCGUUCCUUUCGCCCCUUGAGCGAGGCCUCGCUCGCCUCCGGGCACGCGGCGGGCGCAGAGAGCACCUGGGCCCGGCGGGGCGUGCGGGCAGCAUGUUCCCCCGGAGGCCGCCGGUUGGCCUGGCCGCCUGGCUGCUGGUGGGCGCGGCGGCGACCGGGCGCGCGGGGGCGCGGGGCGGGGGCCUCCUCGCCCUGCUGGCCAAUCAGUGCCGCUUCGUGACGGGCCUGCGCGUGCGGCGGGCGCAGCAGAUCGCGCAGCUCUACGGCCGCCUCUACUCGGAGAGCUCGCGCCGCAUCCUCCUUGGUCGCCUCUGGCGCCGGCUGCGCGGACGCCCGGGCCAUGCCUCUGCCUUGAUGGCGGCCCUCGCCGGCGUGUUCGCGUGGGACGAGGAGAGGAUCCAGGAGGAGGAGUUGCAGAGAUCCAUCGAUGAGAUGAAACGGUUGGAGGAAAUGUCAAGUAUGUUUCGGGGCUCUGGAGUUGACCACCACCCUCCAGAACCAAAAUCCCAAACAGAAAGAGAUGAAGAUUCAGGAGGCAGAGAGCAACCGUGGGAAAUGGUGAUGGAUAAGAAACACUUCAAGCUGUGGCGGCGCCCCAUUACAGGCACCCCCCUUUACCAGUACAGAGUUUUUGGAACCUACACAGAUGUGACACCUCGGCAGUUCUUCAAUGUUCAGCUGGAUACAGAGUAUAGAAAAAAGUGGGACGCCCUGGUGAUCAAGCUGGAAGUGAUCGAGAGGGAUGUGGUUAGUGGUUCUGAGGUUCUUCACUGGGUAACCCAUUUUCCUUAUCCAAUGUACUCACGGGAUUAUGUGUAUGUUCGGCGGUAUAGUGUGGAUGAGGAAAACAACGUGAUGGUGUUGGUGUCACGGGCCGUGGAGCACCCUAGUGUGCCGGAGUCUCCGGAAUUUGUAAGGGUCAGAUCCUAUGAAUCCCAAAUGGUUAUCCGUCCCCACAGGUCAUUUGAUGAGAAUGGCUUUGACUACUUGCUGACGUACAGUGACAAUCCCCAGACAGUGUUUCCUCGUUACUGCGUUAGUUGGAUGGUUUCCAGUGGCAUGCCAGAUUUCCUGGAGAAGCUGCACAUGGCCACUCUGAAAGCCAAGAACAUGGAGAUCAAAGUAAAGGACUAUAUCUCGUCUAAGCCUCUGGAAGUGGGUAGUGAAGCCAAGGCCACCACCCCAUCUUCUGAGCGGAAGAGCGAGGGUAGCUGUGGCCCUGCCCGGAUUGAGUACGCCUGAAGGACUUUCAGAUAAGCAGGAACAGGCUGCUUCUAGCCCUGUCUCUGUGUCUUAUCACUCACUCUGUUGCAGAACAAACAGGACGUGUAUUUGAAGGCGUCUGCUGUAACCACCAGUGCAAGAUAAUUCAAUACUGGUGUCCGGUCUUGUUCAGAGCCCUACUGCUCUUUAUUAAAACAGAAGAAGGAGGCAUCCGAGGGGGCAUCGUCAUGUUCUCAGGCCAAGCAUUUGGAAAUUUGGUGUUUCGCUGAGCUAAUCUGGAACAAGCCUCUCACCUCAGGCCAGAGGGGACAACAUCUUUUGCUUCCUCUGCGUGGUUUCCUCUGCCCACAUUCCAUUCUCAGCCUCGGUUCUGCAGCACUCUGGGUUUCCUUCGGUUCUGAAGGUCCAGCUGGACCACCGGGACGGUUGCGUCUUCAGUGAGGGAUCGUGGGGAGUGCCUUUGGUCACGGUCCUGGUGUUGAGUGGGUGUGAACUGUUGCUUGGCAGUGUAAGUGCCUUGUCCUCACCUUCUCCUGUCCUUAGGGACAUAAAGUUUGUACCAAGAAAUAUCACUCUUGGCCUCCCAUUCACACCCCAUUGACUCCCUCUACCCAGAGCAGUUUCCUUUGAGUUGACCAGUUCUUCUGUAUUCGUGUGCUGUAUUCAUCUGGGUCGUUGCCUCCUCCCGCAGGCCGUUUACCAAGAACACUGGGAGACGGUGGCUCUCUGUAUCAUCAGUGUUUUUGAUGGGGUCAGUGGAGAUGCUCGACACAUUACACUUUAGCUCUGUUUUUUUUUUUUUUUAACCUUUGUUAAACAGUGGGAAUUGGGGAGUUGAAUAGGAUUUUUCCAUAGUCUGACUGUAUAGAAAACACCAUUUUGAUUGAGGUGCUGUUUUUCACACUUCAGGUUUGACUGGAUGCUGAGCACUUGCCCAUCCUGGAAGGCUAAAGGCAGACGAGUGGGGAUUGGGCGCCUCCCUUGCAGCUCUCAGAGCUGUAGACGAGCUGUGUGAACAGAUAGAUGGAACCUUGUCCCAAGUGCUAAUGUAAAGGGGGAUGUGGUUUAUGUGACCCUCUUGUCCCUCUGAAAAGCUUUUCCUCCUCUUCCAAGCUAAAAUAAGAGCAGACUACGUUGUUCAGAUAAAGUCACAACCAGAUGGGGUCCAUUUGGCCUGGCUGAGUUGGCUUAUGGUCGUGCUGCAUUCUGACUGGAGAAGCGGGAACAGCUUUCAAAUCCUCCUCCCUCCCCUUGUUUCUUAGAAUUUGAAUGACCAGAUUGCUCCCUACCCCAACUCUCUACCCUUUUGUGUUGUUGAAAGGGGAGCUAAACCUGAGACGAACUUCAAGCCCCUCGACCUUUCUGUUGCCUAAGUACUGUGCCAAGGAAAUGCCUGCCCCAGUGUUUCAAGUCUUGCGUUCUCUGCGUCGUUGGCAGAGCAGGGAGAUGCAUCAGGCAGUCCCAGCUUCUUUUCGUUGAUCGUGUCUCUCUCCUCAUCCCCAGGACCUGACAGGCCAGGAGGAGGCCCUCGGUUAUGUUGGAAGUUAGCGCCUGUGAUUGUUGGGACGUGGGUGGUGUGGGCGAGUGGCGUGAGUGCACAUGUGAUAAGGGGCUGGGCGUUGCCCAUAUGCUUUGUGGCAAUUUGACUCUGCACUUGGGGUUGGUCUAUACAGUUACUUAUGUCAUUGUAAUGAUUUCACUCCUGUGACAUUUUUAUCAAAUGUGUGAAUAAAUACAUAAAGAUUGGUAUGAAA